AUGGAACAUUACCAAUUCUAUCGUAGUUGGAUGUAUGAUAGAAUGUUUCCUGGACGACGUGGGCUUAAACCACUUUUUAUGGAAGGAGUUGCCGCGUUUCUCUUGUAUGUGUUUGCUCAAGAAUGUUGUCGCAAGGAAGGAGGGGUAAGGUGUCCGUGUUUAAAGUGUGGUUGCAGAAAUAUUAUUAGUGAUCCUAGUGAAGUGAAACGUCACUUGGAAAGAGAGGGUUUUAGGCCAAAUUACUGGGUUUGGACAUCUAAUGGGGAAACAAUGCAGGAGAUGAAUAGAGAGGCUUCUAGCAGUCAAACACAUAUAGAACUAGAUAUAAAUAGAGUUGAUCCAGGGAGUAGUUCAUCACAAAUGCAAUGCCAGGAGCAAUUUAAUCUCGUCGAGGAGAUGUUCACUGACGCAUUAGAGGUGAAUGUGGCGUAUGAUGAACCACAAGACUUAGAUGGAGAAGAGCUCCCGAAUGAGAAAGCUCAAAGGUUUUAUCAGUUGUUGAAAGAAAUAAAUAUACCAUUAUUUGAGGGGUCUUCUGACUCUAAGCUAUCAAUGUGUGUGAGACUUUUGGCAGCAAAGUCAAAUUGGAAUGUUCCUGAUCAGUGUUUAGAAUUCUUUGCGAGAAUGAUGUUGGGCGCGACUCCUGUGAAAGAAAACAUGCCUACAAGUUAUUAUGAUGCAAUGAGGAUGGUGUCGAAGUUGGGAUUAGAAGUAAAAAAGAUUGAUUGUUGCAUUAGAGGUUGCAUGUUGUUUUAUGACAACGAGUUUGGUACAAAUGAUGGGGAAUUGGAGGAAUGUAAGUUUUGCGAGAGUCCGAGGUAUUUAGUUAGCAGUAAAGGAGUUGACCAAAGGCAAAAUCGCAUUGUAGUGAAAUCUAUGUUCUAUCUACCAAUAAUACCUAGGUUGCAAAGAAUGUUUGCAUCAAUGCACAGUGCAAGCCAAAUGGCAUGGCACCAUACAUACAGAAUUAGUUCAGGCAUGAUGCGACAUCCAUCUGAUGGCGAGGCAUGGAAACACUUUGAUAGAGUUCAUCCUAAAUUUGCACUUGAACCCAGGAAUGUCCGACUUGGAUUAUGCUCAGAUGGUUUCACUCCUUAUAAUUUUUCAGAAAAUGCAUAUUCUUGUUGGCCAGUUAUUGUUACCCCGUACAAUAUCCCUCCUGAGAUGUGCAUGACGAAACCUUACAUGUUUUUGACAUGCAUCAUUCCUGGGUCGUCGAGUCCAAAAGCGGGAAUCGAUGUUUAUUUGCAACCUUUAAUUGAUGAUCUCAAGAGGCUGUGGGUGGGAAUGUGGACUUAUGAUGUGUCUCGUAAACAAAAUUUUAAUAUGCGAGCGGCAUUGAUGUGGACAAUUAAUGACUUUCCUGCAUAUGGCAUGUUGUCUGGAUGGGGUACACAUGGUAAAAUGGAAUGUCCGCAUUGCAUGAAUCACACAAAAGCGUUUACUUUGAAACUUGGUGGGAAAAGUUCGCGGUUUGACUAUCAUCGUAGGUUCUUACCUACCAACCAUGAAUUUAGAAGGAAUAGAGAUGCUUUUGGUAAUGGAAUAAAAGUAAAAGAUCUACCUCCCCCUCGAUUGUCAUCGACUCAAGUAUGGAAUAGUGUUUGUGGCCUACAGAAAUUCACAGACUAUGGUGAAGCACGUAGAAUUAAAGGAUACGGGGUUGACCAUAUGUUUACCCAGAAAAAUGGAGGUUACAAACCUCCACAGUUUAAAGAUUUUUUCAGCAUUGCUGACUUUAGGUGA